UCCCAUCAUCCGACUGAGGAAACCGUUACACGACCGUCACCGCUCAUCCACAGUCCUGACUGGGUUUAACAGGAGCUAUUCCCACCUCACAGUUUACUCUACGGGGUUGAAAAUGUUAAAUUUUCGGUCCACGGUCGCCUUUAACGAGUUGUUUCAGACCCAGCUGAAGCGUCCGUUCACAUGCAGCAGAGUCGGCGUGAAAGCGGCACCUGCAGCCGCCGCCUGCUUCAGCAGCGGGGCGUCGGAUGGGAGGUCGCCGGGCAGAGGGAGGGCAUUUGCCGGGUGGAGAGCCCCACAGCACUUGACCAGAAAACACGGAGUGAGGAGCUUCUGUGACAAAGGCGACGCCUCCAAUGAUGCUUCCAAAGACUCCUCAUCGGAGAAGAGAAGGAAGGCAGGCAUCCUGCCCAGUCUGGAGGACCUGCUUUUCUACACCAUCGCAGGGGGCCAGGAUAAAAUCCCUGCACACAAAUUCACCACAGCUCUCAAAGCUACGGGGCUUCGCACAGGAGACCCUCGGCUGAAAGAAUGUAUGGAGAUGCUGAAGGUGACCUUGAAGACGACCUCCGAUGGAGCACUUGACAGACACCUCUUCAAGAAAUGUGUCCAGAGCAACAUUGUUCUGCUCACCCAGGCCUUUCGGAAGAAGUUUGUCAUCCCCGACUUCCAGCCCUUCUGUGGCCACAUCAACGACCUCUUUGAAAAUGCAAAAAACAUGUCCGGAGGGCAGGUGGCAGACUACAUCCCCCAGUUGUCCCGCUUCAGUCCAGACCUGUGGGCCGUGUCCCUGUGCACCGUAGAUGGACAGAGGCACACCGUUGGCGACACCAAGGUGCCCUUCUGUCUGCAGUCCUGCGUCAAGCCGCUGAAGUACUCCAUCGCCGUCCACGACCACGGCACCGAGUACGUCCACCGCUUCAUCGGCAAAGAGCCCAGCGGCCUGAGGUUCAACAAGCUCUUCCUGAAUGAGGACGAUAAACCACACAAUCCCAUGGUUAAUGCUGGUGCGAUCGUGUGUACCUCCCUCAUUAAGCAAGGAGCAAGCAACGCGGAGAAGUUUGACUAUGUCAUGAACUUCAUGAACAAACUGGCAGGAAACGAGUACGUGGGCUUCAGCAACGCCACUUUCCAGUCUGAGCGCGAGUCCGGAGACAGAAACUUUGCCAUCGGCUACUACCUGAAGGAGAAGAAGUGUUUCCCAGAGGGAACGGACAUGACCUCCAUCCUCGACUUCUACUUCCAGCUGUGCUCCAUUGAGGUGACCUGUGAGAGCGCCAGUGUCAUGGCCGCAACUCUGGCCAACGGAGGCUUCUGCCCAAUCACAGGCGAGCGCGUGCUGAGCCCCGAGUCGGUGCGAAACACCCUGAGCCUCAUGCACUCCUGCGGCAUGUACGACUUCUCCGGACAGUUUGCUUUCCACGUCGGUCUGCCCGCAAAGUCUGGAGUCGCCGGUGGUAUUUUACUGGUCGUACCAAAUGUGAUGGGCAUCAUGUGUUGGUCUCCUCCUCUGGACAAGCUGGGCAACAGUGUCAGAGGCAUCCAGUUCUGCACGGACCUGGUUUCGCACUUCAACUUUCACAACUACGACAAUCUGAGGCACUUUGCUAAGAAACACGAUCCUCGCAGGGAAGGCGGAGACCAGAGGGUGAAGUCGGUGAUCAACCUGCUGUUUGCUGCGUACACUGGAGACGUUUCCGCUUUGAGAAGGUUUGCUUUGUCCUCCAUGGACAUGGAGCAGAGGGACUACGACUCCAGGACGGCGCUGCAUGUGGCGGCUGCUGAAGGGCACGCUGAGGUGGUUCGCUUCCUUCUGGAGGCCUGUAAAGUCAACCCCGUUCCCAAAGACAGGUGGGGGAACACGCCGAUGGACGAGGCCGUCCACUUCGGCCACCACGACGUGUUGACCAUCCUCCGCGAUUACCACAACAAGUACAGUCCUCAGGAGAACCCCACAGACAAGCAGAACCUGGAUGCGGAGAAGAACCUGGAUGGUAUGCUCUGAAAAGAAAAGUGAGGAAACGUAGCGUUAAAGUCAAGUCUAGACGGUGAGAAAGGAAAACAACAAACAGGACAGGGAACGGUUCAAAGCAUUAAAACAGCAAAGAAAUCUCUAUAAAUGCUCCUUAAACACAGAGAAGCCUACGUGUUUAAAGCUGCUCCUGGUGUUGUUAGUGGAUGUUGUUAGUUCUCAUUUCUCCUUCUGUAUUUUGUCGUCAAUUUUGUAGACUUGUAGGGAAAGUUGAUGGACUCCUCAUCAUCAUCACCACACUGUGGUGGUGUGUGUGUGUGUGUGUGUAUCCCACUCCUCCUCCUCCUCCUCCUCCUCCAAACACUUUGCAGUGUUUCUUACACGUGCGUGGUAUUUAUUUAUCUAUUUAAGAUAAACUGUAAAUUAUUGUACUGUGUGUGUGUGUGUGCGUGUGUAUUCCUGAGGUCGACGUGGGUCUGUGUAAAUAAGUAUAGAUGUAUAGCUGUAGUCUAGUGGAUUCAUCUUUGAACACACAAGUGUGUGACGUAGUUUUCACUAAAACUCUAAAAUGUAUUUUUUUGUCUUUGAACUUGGAACUAAGACGCGACGAGUGAAAAGCCAAAGUUCAGCUUGUUUAUCGAUUGUCGUCGAAAGAGAUCAACGUUUGUACGUAGCCACUGCGAUAACUGCCAGACGCUUAAUUACCACAACAAAUUUAAAUAUAGCUCAUUUUCAUUUCACGCUUUAACAGAAACGAGAUUUCUGUGUAUGCACUUAAAAAAAAAAAAAAAAGCUAAUAAUGCACAUUGUGUUUAUUUUUUUAUCUUUUCUGUAAAAACUGUCAUACUUGAAAGAUUGUUUCAGAGAUGAUUGUAAGUGUGUUGGAGUUUUGAAUCAGCUGAUCGAUCGUCAAUGAAGAUUCUGCUCACAUUGGUCCUCAUUUAUCAAACUUGGUCUAAAUAUCACGCUCAUAAAAUGUGCUUUUGAUGAAUGUGGCUCCCUCCCACAUAUCCAUGGUUUCAAGACCUCGCUCCUUUUAAGUUUACGAUCCUGAAUUGUGGUAAUAUAACCAAGUAGAGUUGUGUCCCAGUCUGAAAGUAAGCAUCAUAGAAUCGGAAUUUUAAAAGAUAACGUGGUUAUUUUAUAUUAUAUUGUUUAAGUUAUUCAUUUGUGAUAUUGAAUGAGUCAUCAUAUGUUAAAGAGUUCUGGAUUGGCCGUGAAAAUCACCGCCAAAAAGGUCAGACCUCAGUUGGGCACAGACCUGUUUCUGAGCUGAUAAAUGCGAUAAAUGAGUACACCCACUUCUUUGGUGUACGCACAUUUGAUAAAUGAGGGCCACUAAGAGCAGUGGACAACGUGUUUAUCCCUUUGAUCAGGAAGGAGCACUUGAAUCCAUUUGUUUAUUAAAGCUAUAUGUGCAUAACUUUCAAACAUAAACAAAAUGUCUGUUACAUUCAAACCGGUCAGUAUCGCGGUGUUUCACCCAGUGACAUUCCUGCUGCGCUGCACACAGGAAGUGUUGUAUUUUUUUAUAUGGAUACAGUAUAUAAAAAACCCUUUCAUUCUCAUUCAGCAGUUUGAUGGGAUAAACUCUUCUUGUCCCCGUCCGCCCCUGCUCUGCCGCUGUAUACACACAAACACUCCCUCACUCAGGUCUGAUAAUAGAACACUGUCGACAAAGACCAAACAGAGGAAGAUUAAUCACAAUAAAAAAGCACCACAUGUUACGCACUGCGACUUUUGGGUUAAAACGUGGAUUUAAAAAAAAAAAAGAAAAGAAAAGCACAACACUGCAAUGUUUAAAUUAAAAAUGCAAUACAGUAGAAAUGUAAUCAUGAUCGUCAGAUUCCAUGUGAUUCCUUUGAUAUGAAGUCGUGGUGAAGAGAUUUGAAAACGAUGUUUGUUUGUUUAUUUGUUUGUUUGUGUCUGUGCAGCAGCUGCGACUGAAGUUUACUGAAUGUAACGUGGUCGGUGUCGCUUUCUUUCUUUUUAUUGUAUAAUUACGCUGUCGCCGAGUGCGGCAGUGCAGAUAUUUAUUCACAGUUAAAAACACUGAAUAAAAGUUAGAAGAAAAGAAAA